AUGGAUUUUGAUAAGAGAGGAGGGAAAGGGGAAAACGAGGAGAGUAGAAGAAUGUCUAAAACGGGUGGAAGCCGGAGCACUCACGGGAGCCGAACAGCAGGGACCAACUCCGGAGUCUUAAUGGUGGGGCCGAAUUUUCGUGUUGGGAAGAAGAUCGGAUGCGGCAACUUUGGGGAACUUCGGCUAGGGAAGAACCUCUACACAAAUGAAUAUGUAGCAAUCAAGUUGGAACCUAUCAAAUCCAGAGCUCCUCAGCUGCAUUUGGAAUACCGAUUUUAUAAACAGCUUGGCAAUGCAGAAGGAAUCCCUCAGGUCUACUACUUUGGGCCAUGUGGAAAGUACAACGCCAUGGUCUUGGAGCUGCUGGGCCCAAGCCUAGAAGACCUCUUUGACUUGUGUGACCGGACAUUCACUCUCAAGACCGUUCUUAUGAUUGCCAUCCAACUGAUUACACGGAUGGAGUACGUUCACACCAAAAGCUUGAUCUACAGAGAUGUAAAGCCAGAAAACUUCCUGGUGGGAAGGCCCGGAAGCAAGCGCCAGCACACCAUCCACAUAAUUGACUUUGGCCUGGCCAAAGAGUACAUUGACCCAGAGACCAAAAAGCAUAUCCCCUACCGAGAGCACAAGAGUCUGACGGGAACGGCGCGGUACAUGAGCAUCAAUACUCACCUGGGGAAAGAACAAAGCCGAAGAGAUGACCUGGAAGCACUUGGUCACAUGUUCAUGUACUUCCUCCGGGGAAGUCUGCCCUGGCAAGGCCUCAAGGCGGACACCCUGAAAGAGCGGUACCAGAAGAUUGGCGAUACCAAGAGAGCCACACCCGUUGAAGUGCUGUGUGAAAGCUUCCCUGAGGAGAUGGCCACAUAUCUCCGCUACGUGCGACGUCUGGACUUCUUUGAAAAGCCAGAUUAUGACUAUCUACGGAAACUUUUCACUGAUCUGUUUGACCGGAAUGGCUACGUCUUUGAUUAUGAAUACGACUGGGCUGGAAAACCUUUACCAACCCCUAUUGGCACAAUCCAGAGUGACGUACAAGUCCAGCCUCCAAACAGGGAGAAAGCACAGCAGUACAUCAAACAGCAGGUCAUGAGUUCUACCAAUGGGGAAUUGAACACGGAUGACCCCACUGCCGGCCACUCAAACGCCCCCAUCACGGCACCUGCCGAGGUCGAGGUGGCAGACGACACAAAGUGCUGCUGUUUCUUUAAGAGGAGGAAGAGGAAAACUAUCCAGCGCCACAAGUGAAAUA